CCCCCGCUUCCCCCGGGUCCCCCUCUCCAGGCAGGAAGAUGUCCAAGCCCCGCGCGGUGGAGGCGGCGGCGGCGGCGGCGGCGGUGGCAGCGACGGCCCCGGGCCCGGAGAUGGUGGAGCGGAGGGGCCCGGGGAGGCCCCGCACCGACGGGGAGAACGUGUUUACCGGGCAAUCAAAGAUCUAUUCCUACAUGAGCCCGAACAAAUGCUCUGGAAUGCGUUCCCCCCUUCAGGAAGAGAACUCAGUUGCACAUCAUGAUGUCAAAUGCCAGGGGAAACCAUUAGCCGGAAUCUACAGGAAACGAGAAGAGAAAAGAAAUUCUGGGAAUGCAAUACGGAAUACCACGAAGUCCGAGGAACAGAAGAUCAAAGACGCCAGGAGAGGUCCCCUGGCACCUUUUCCAAACCAAAAAUCUGAAGCAGCAGAACCUCCAAAAACUCCAACCUCGUCUUGUGAUUCUACCAAUGCAGCCGUCGCCAAGCAAGCCCUGAAAAAGCCCAUCAAGGGCAAACAGGCCCCUCGGAAAAAAGCUCAAGGAAAAACGCAACAGAAUCGCAAACUCACGGAUUUCUACCCUGUCCGAAGGAGCUCCAGAAAAAGCAAAGCUGAGCUGCAGUCGGAAGAAAGGAAAAGAAUAGAUGAAUUGAUCGAGAGUGGGAAGGAAGAAGGCAUGAAGAUUGACCUCAUCGAUGGCAAAGGCAGAGGCGUGAUAGCCACCAAGCAGUUCUCCCGGGGCGACUUCGUGGUGGAAUACCACGGGGACCUCAUCGAGAUCACCGAUGCCAAGAAGCGGGAGGCUCUGUAUGCACAAGACCCCUCCACAGGCUGCUACAUGUACUAUUUCCAGUAUCUGAGCAAAACCUACUGCGUGGAUGCAACCAGAGAGACGAACCGCCUGGGCAGGCUGAUCAACCACAGCAAGUGCGGGAACUGCCAGACCAAACUGCACGACAUCGACGGCGUACCUCACCUCAUCCUCAUCGCCUCCCGAGACAUCGAGGCUGGGGAGGAGCUCUUGUAUGACUAUGGGGACCGCAGCAAGGCUUCCAUCGAAGCCUACCCUUGGCUGAAGCAUUAGCCGGCCGUCGCCCUCCCUGUCCCACCCUCCCUUCUUCAAAGGACAAAGUGCCCUCAAAGGGAAUUGAUUUUUUUUUUUUUUUACACACUUAAUCUUAGCGGAUGACUUCAGAUGUUUUUAAAAAAUAUAUUAAGAUGCCUUUUCACUGUAGUAUUUAAAUAUCUGUUACAGGUUUCCAAGGUGGACUGGAACAGAUGGCCUUAUAUUACCAAAACUUUUAUAUUCUAGUUGUUUUUGUACUUUUUUUGCAUACAAGUCGAACGUUUGUGCUUCCCGUGCGUGCAGUCCAAGACUCAGCACAGGUUUUAGAGGAAAGAGUCAUGUUUGAAGCAGGAAGCCGGGCGAGUCUCCUGCCUCCGGUGGAAGAGCCAGGACUGUGUCCCCGCACUCCCGACGUGCAGAGAAGGCGUGCGAGGAAGACGCUGCCUCCUGGCGGCCUGGACGGGAUGUUCCCAAGCUCUUGUUCUCCUGACGUCUCGACAGGCGCACAUCGAAGUGUAUGAAUAUUUUUUAAAAAGGUUUCACAGUAAGCUAGUCUUCCCCUCUGCUUUCUUGAAAGCUUACUGACCCUGUGGCCCGGAGCACGGGCCGGGCAUAGAUUUACUCUUCCAUAGGCUGCCGCUUUUCUGGGCACCUCGAAGCAUCAGGGCGGAUAAUGAAACCAGACGUGGGCAGGGAAAGCAUCGCUUACCUACCCUGCCAGGGCAGGGUUUCCUGAAACUGGGUUAAUUCUUUAUAGAAAUGUGAACACUGAAUUUAUUUUAAAAAAAAAAUAAUAAAAAGCAAAAAAAGAAACCAAAAAAAAAAUCAAAAAAAAGAAAAAAGAAAAAAAACCACAGAAAACAACUUACAUGUAUAUAGGUCUUGAAGUGAGUGAAGUGGCUGCAUCAUUUUUGGGGAUUUUUUUUUUGUUUUCGUUUUUGUAGAAGAGAUUUGAGAUGGUACUCUAUUCUAAUCAAAAAUAAAGUUUUUGUAGCGGGACCAGAAAUUACUUACCCGACACCCCCCUGACCCCAUCCCUACGACGCACCCCUGAUUCUGCUGGGUUGAAAGUUCCAGACCUGCUGUCAAGGCCUUCUGUUUGUCAGACCACCCAGUGUCCUUCCUGUGAAGACGCAGCCAUGAACUGGAGUGUGAGCCUACGGGCCCAGGGCCCAGCAGCCCCCAGGGAUCAAGGAUAAGGCUGAAGUUUUCACCCCGACUGUGACGGCAGGAGGAGUGGGUGGCUUCCUCCUCCCUCCCUAAGCAGGACCCACUCUCACGCACUGUCCCUUCAGUCCAGGGGGCCGGGGCUCAGGAGCUCAGGGGGCUGGGAUCUCCGGCUCACCCUGGUCCCAGGUAAAUGUGAAUGGAGUCAGGUGUGAGAGCCUGUCCUUGUCCUCGAUUCACUCCCACCCCAGGCCUCACGACGGUGCUACCUAAGAAAGUCUUCCCCUCACCCCAUGCCAGCCUGGUCAGCGGUCAGCCAAUUCGAGGAGGAUCCGACGGGAGUGUGUAAAUGUGAGAUAAAAUGUCUUGAUUGUACCUGUUUGUGGUUUAGCUUUGUAUUUAAACAAACAAACAAGGAAAUAAACUUGAAAAUUAUUUGUCAUCAUAAAAAUGAAACAAGAAAAAUUAAAAUAUUUAUUGCCAGGCAA